CUUUGAACGUCCCACAAUGCAUCGCAGUUAACUUUACGUUUCCAUAGAGACACAGCUGUCGUUGGCCAGUGCUCCCACAAUGCUACCUAGAUGAACAGCUUUUGCUAGUACAAAAACAAGCAGAGAUGUCUCAGUUGUCAGCAGAAGAUGAGGUGGAGUUGCAGUCCCUCCUCAAGCAGCUUCUACAAAGUAUCAAUGACAAAAUUGCUGGCGCGCCGUCAGCUGAAUGUGCUGAAGAGAUCCUGCUUCACCUGGAGGAGACUGACAAGAACUUCCACAAUUAUGAGUUUGUGAAGUACCUCCGUCAGUAUGUGGAGAACUCACUGGGGACUGUGGUGGAAGAGGAGACAAAGAACCUAAGCAGGGGAGAUGGUCAACAUGCAGUCGGUUCAGGACACGACACCCUGAUUCACGCCGUGACUCGAAGGACCAGAGACUCAGCCGAGUAUCAGCAGAUGAUGCAGACAUUGAAAAACACCAUGAUCAUGGUUGUGGAGUCUUUAAUCAACAAAAUUGAGGAGGACCAGCUGAGGAAAGAGGAGAUGCUCCAGGAGAAGCAGCACAGUCAGUCCAACAGCCAGUACACUGAUAACUGCUCUGACAGCGACUCCUCCUUCAACCAGAGUUAUGCAUUCAUCAGACAAGAGCAGCUGCAGGUUUUGGCUGAAAAACUUGAGUCCAACAAGCCCAAAGAGGUGCGUUGGGAGGCCCUGCAGGCCCUCUGCUGUGCGCCUCCAUCCGAUGUGCUGAGCUGUGAGAGCUGGAGCAGCCUGCGAAGAAACCUCUGUGUGGCUCUGAAUGAACCCGACCCCGACCUGAGCGAGCAUGUACUGCAGUUCUUUGCUAAAAGCUUCUCCUCCUCUCCACUGAAUGUGACACGAGAGAUCUACACCAGCUUGGCGACAAGUGUAGACUCCAGCUUUCUGUCUCAAAAGUUGAGCUUUCCAAGCGGCUCAGCUGUUCUCGACAUCAACAGACCUGAGAUCAGUCGUCUUCUCAAACAGAUUCGAUUGAUGAAUGACUUCCAGAAGGAGGUGACUAACUUUUGGAUCCGUCAUCCAGAGAAAUAUAUGGAGGAAGUUAUAGAGAGCACGCUCUCCUUGUUAUCCUUCCAACAUGAACAUGGCUCAGCAGGAACAGAGAAAGCCCUGGAACCAAUUCACUUACUGGCCUUAUUGGAUGUCAAAGCUACCUGGUUUAAAAAGUGGAUGCAUGGCUACUACAGCAGGACUGUGGUUCUCAGAUUCCUGGACAGAAAGUAUAAGUCUUUGGUCGCAUCAGCUCUUCAGCAGUGUAUCCAUUACAGUGAAUCCUGUGAACAUUUCACAAAUGAGAUAACUGAUCCCCAGUCAGGGGAGCAGCAGAACUCGGGUUCAGUGCAGAGGAGUGUUUAUUCGGGAAAGGAGCUUGAAUAUUCCUUCUUUGUCCACUCUCUGUGUGUCCUUGGGAAACUUAUCAUCUACACCAAUGGAAGAAAGCUGUUUCCCAUCAAAAUGAGAAAACACAAAGAUCCAGUCAGCCUGACAGACCUGGUUGUCAUCCUUAUUAAGACCAUGUAUCGACACCCCCAGCCUCUGCACAGUGAUACCUCUCACACAGACUCCUUGUCGCCCAGCAGUCUGGUGAUGGAGGUGCUGUGGAUGCUAUGUGAACGGACAGAGUGUGCUGCAGAGUGUCUCUACCAGACUCCUGUCAUAGAGACGCUGCUGGCUCCAGUUAUAGCUCUGCUCGACGGACAGCAGCCCCAAUUAAAGUCUCCUGCAGCAACACUGACUCUCGUUGCUGACGUUCUGGCUCGCAUCGCAAACACUGACAGAGGAUUAGCUCUCUUCUUAUAUGAGAAGAAUCUCAUUCUAGCCCACAGUGAGAGAACCUUUGCUGCUCAUGUUAUUGUGCAGUUCACCCUGAAGCUGCUGGAUAAGGGGCUGCCAUCACUAAGUGAAUCAGAUGUGUCCCAUACAUUAUGUGGAGCCUUUAUCUUUGUGUGUCGGCAGAUAUACAAUACUUGUGAGGGUCUGCAGGUUCUCCGGCCCUAUGGGCUGCACAAAGCUGUAGCGGCUGCAUGGAAACAGACUAGUUCUUUGUCAGAAAGGGUUUCAACGCCAGUACCUGGAGCCAGUGCUGGAACAUCUACCCAAGAGCUGCAGCAAAUUCACAUCUGGGAGGAGACAUUGUUGGACAGUCUGCUGAACUUUGCAGCAACUCCUAAAGGCCUGCUGCUGCUCCAGCAGACAGGAGCCAUCAAUGAGUGUGUCUCCUACAUGUUCUCUCGCUUUACCAAAAAGCUACAGGUGAGCCGCUGUGAGAAGUUUGGAUAUGGGGUGAUGGUGACACAGGUGGCAGCAACUGCUCCAGGGGUCGUGGCUCUGCACAGCUCUGGUUUUGUCCGAGCGCUGGUAGUAGAGCUGUGGUCCAUUCUUGAAUACGGCAGUGAAGAUGUCAGAGUGGUCCGUCCUAAACCAACACCCAUGGACCCCAUAGACAGAAGCUGCCUCAAGUCCUUCCUGUCCUUGGUCAACCUCCUGUCCUCUUCCCAAUCGGUGUGGGAGCUGCUGGGUCGGCAGCCUCUAGCCAACAAGAGCGAAUACACCCUGAGGGAAAUGCCAUCCUCCAUACCUGAUUUGAUUGACAGGCUGAUUGCUGUGAAUUCAGAUGUGAAGAUUCAUUCCCUGUUCCACUAUGAGCAGUCUCACACAUUUGGCCUGAGACUGCUCAGUGUGCUCUGCUGUAGUCUGGACUCCUUUUUGCUGAUGGAAAGCCAGUAUAACAUCUGCUCCAUGCUGCUGCAGAGUCAGAAGGAGAACAUCACUGACCCGGACACCAGCGAGGGGGAGAUCAUCAUAGACAGCCUGUCGGUGGAGAGGAACUAUGUGCUGGUUCGUGUUAGUGUUGUUGGAGGUCCAUCUGAGAGGAGGCUUCCUUCUCGAGCCCUGAAAGAGGGAGAACAUCCUUACCCCUGGCCUAUGUUUUCAUGCUAUCCUCUACCUCGAUGCUACAGUUUGGACCCACCAGAGAUCCAACAAAGCUCACAGGACUCUGAGAUCAGCACAUUUCUGGCUUCAUCCAAAGACUCAAACAAUGAUGAGAGCUGGAUGGAGGACUGCCGCAGACAGUACUGCAAAGUCAUGGCCUCGAAGCCCAACACCCUUACUGGAAAAGUGCUGGCUGACCUUCUGGAGAAUGUUGUGGCUCAUCUAUCCAGCUCUGCCACAGAGUGCUUCUUCACUCCAGCUCGGUACAAAGCAGAGGAGAAGAGCGUGAAGAGUGCUGUAUUAUCAUCUGUGGAACAGCUGGGAAUCAACACCUGUCUCAGGUACGGCAGCUACCUCAAGCUACUAAAAGACGAUGCUGUGAAUGACCUGACGUUGCUAAUGAAGCACUUGAAGAUCUUCUUGUCGACACAGAGAGCUAAAACAUCAUCAGAGCUUGUCACUCAGCAGGAUGGUUAUCUGGGUCACGACUGGCUGGCCUCCACAGUUUUUCUCAUCACAGCUGGAAACCUGGACCAGUCUUUACGUUUGUUGCUCAACCUCUCCUCGCUGCUUAUCUCGGCUUUUAUCUGGCCCGCAAGGAUACAUGCAUGUGUCCAUUUUUCUAAGGAAGUAGCUGAGUCAGGAAUCCCUCCUGUCUACUGGUGCACUGCUCACUAUGUGGAGAUGCUGCUGAAAGUUGAAGUCCCUCUGGUCCAUUCUGCCUUCAGGAUGUCUGGUUUCACCCCGUCACAGAUGUGCCUCCAUUGGCUGACUCAGUGUUUCUGGAACUACCUGGACUGGACAGAAAUCUGCCACUACAUUUGCACCUGUGUGGUGAUGGGCCCGGACUACCAGGUUUACAUGUGCGUGGCCAUAUUGAAACACCUGCAGCCAGACAUCUUGCAGCGCACACAGUCCCAGGAGCUGCAAGUCUUCCUCAAGGAGGAGCCGAUCCAGGGUUUCAAGGUCAGCAACUACCUGGAGUUCAUGAUGGGACUGGAGCGCAGCUACAGGAAUAUUGUUCUGGCUGAUAUGAGAAGUAUCAGAAAGCCUGCAGAAUAAGAACAUCUUGAAGCCGUGUCACGUGGAGGAGCUCAGGGCCGACAACCUGCACCAGUCACAGCUGCACACUCCUGAUUGGCCUCGGCUUCACGGCCGCUUGGCUUAGAUGCAUUUAUCUUCUGGUAUGAUGUAUCACUGUUUUUCACCACCGAGGGAAAUUCCAACACAAGCCCUCCUAACUGUGGACUGUGACUCUCUGAAUAUGUAUGUGCACCAUGUUUUCAUGCUAAUCAAACUGUUCAGUGAGCUCAUAUCCAGCAGAUGGGCAUGUAUCAUGGAUGAGAGAGCCUUGUUAUCAGAAUAACGAUGGGAUAUUGAUUGGAACAGAAGUCAGGACACGGUUCUGCGACGUCUCCAUGGUACUGGCAAUACUUGAAAAUCUGAGAGAAAUACUUCAAAAAGAGACACAUUCAUUUGACCUUAGAGCAUCAACAAGAAGGGCGACAUGCUUCAAGUGUUAGAAAGUCAUAUUGUCACCAAAUCUCAACUAUUCUGUGAAAUUAGAAGAUACGUCAGGUGAUAUUUAAACUUUUAAAAAAAAAUUAAAACGUAAAUCCAAUGAAACGAGCAAAGACAACAAUCAAUUUUCCCCACUAACAGCACUGUCAUAGAGUUCUGCACCAUAAUUUAUUUUCCACCAUUUGACUGGUAAAAUAGUGACAAUCCGCUUCAGAAAAUAGUCCCCAACAGUUGCACUCGUUACCUCUGAUUCUGUACAAGUAACUGAAAACUACAGUGACCAUCUCUUUUUCAAUGUAUUGCUUGAUUUUAAGAAUAACCUGAAAAUUGAAUCCAAGUCAGAUGUUGAUGAUAAACGACUUUUUGGUUCCACAUGAAAGAAUUCUGAUCUGGUGAUUUCAUCAGUAAAUUUUCAGCACCUCAAGUUGUACCUGACAUUACUGUAUGUGAUGUAAACACUGUAAGUGGUGAUUGUGAAUGCUGGUUUGAUGAUUCAGUCUUCAAUUUUAAUAAAUGUUGGUUUAUGUUG